AUGGAAUCACACGCAGCUCAACCAGAGCAACCACCCAAGGAAGCCGCCUACACGCAAGCUGCCAAUCCAGUCUCGCACAAACCUCAGGAGCAGCGCACAUCAGCUUCAAUGCAGGACGGUAACGCCGCAUCCUCAACACGCCGCACUGCCUACAUGCCCUCAAACGACGAAACUCGAGCUGCUCUAGACGCAGAACGCAAAUCGGAGAAAAAGCGUAUGCAAAGCGCUGCACCCGUUGAUCUGUAUUAUGGGGUGGAACAACAGCCCGCUGAAGGCGAUAUUGCUGAUGCAGUGAAACACAAGGGGAUGGGUGGAUUUGGGGAACAGGAGGAUCUUGCGGCGGAUAUGGAUCAAAAGCGCGCGGAACAUGAUCGCAUUUUGAGCGAGAGGGCUAAGGAAAACCCGCAUUCUGAUGUGGCUGAGAGGGAGGCUGUUCGGCAGCGCAAGUUGCGUCUUGAUAAGGAGAUUGAUGUUGAGGGGAUCUUAAAGAAGGGAACAUGA